CCAUCUGAGAAGUACUCGUCAGUGUUGUUCAGACCUCUUGUUUCAUUUGACGGAUUCGUGUCGAGUGGAUAUUCAUAAUAAAUUCACUGAUGUGGGUUCUUCUUCUAUGUGCCUAAUACAAUUGUUCUAUACGAGUUUUUUCUGUAAUGUUUUUACUAUUAUCGACCAAUUCACGUCUUUAAUUAUGAUAGUGAUUUUAUAAGAAUAUUUUUAAUAGGUGGAUAUACAAUUUAACUACUGCAAAUAGAGUGUAUUGUUUUAUCAAAUAAAUAAAACUUUGAUUAAUAGAUAUGUAUAUGGUAUCCGAUUACUGUUUUCGGGUGCAGAUUUGAUAUUUAAGAGUAUUAACAUUAUUUUACUAAAUAUCAUCUGAUAUGAGAUAGUGAAAGUGUAUAUAAUUUGGGCUUUAAUUUUAUAAUAUUUAAUUAAAAGUUAUGUAAAACUGUGUAUAAAUUUAUUGGAUACACAAAUUUGUGUGAAGGAAUAGCAUUUAAUAAUGGACAUUCUGGAAUCUGAGACAUCAGUGGUAUUUUGCGUACAAGCACUUGUUGCGAUGGACAGGGCGGACGGACUUGUUACACUCUCUGAUGUAGAAGGAAGCACCACAGUCGGACUGGCCAACGGACUUUCAGAAAAUGCCUUUACUACGAAAUAUAUAAAACUUUAUGUAUAUCGCGCAUGCAAUAAUCAUUAAUAAAGACUUUACCAAGUUGAUCAGAAUUGAAUGCAGAAUAAACCAAAAUAGUUCAUAUUGACAACGUGCCCAGGGUUAUUCAUGGCGUCAAGUUGGUUAUGAACUCAUCUUCAAAGAUAUUAUCUUCAGGGGAAAUAACCCAUCAACAUGAGCUGGAACAACAUUUAUUGAAGCACACUAUUUCUUCGGGGCUUUCCCCACUCCCCAAUUCGACACCUGCAACUACGUUGAUCCACCAGCAUAAUUUUUCUAAUAUUCAUCAUAUGCAAAGUUUGCCAAAUCAACAACCUAGCGUCAUAUUUAACAGCACGCAUUCCACGCCAUUUAGCGUAACAGAUAUUUUAAGUCCAAUUGAGGACUCAUAUCGGAAGCUGGAGUUGAAUUGCAGUCCACCGUCACCCUUUAGAACAAAUUCCAGCGAAAGUAGUAUCACUUCACCUAAUACAUUAGGAUCUUCAACAAUGGCAAAUCCCUACGCGAUGGGUUCACUAUAUCACAGUCCAGGAGUCCAAAGUUAUUGCGGGCCAGCAGAUAAUCUUUCAUUAGCAGGACAUUAUUCUGAUAUGAGAAGUUCUGCGUCUUGGUAUGGAUCUACAACGAAUGAUCCCAGAUUUGCCAUUACCAGAUUAAUGGGUGGGUCAGCGACUACUUCAAUGGGACAUAUGGCCAAUAUGGGCAGCCUAGCCACAUGUAAUGUAACUGAUUCAAAGCCAUUACAAUUCCCUUUGACACAGCGGAGGAAACGGAGAGUAUUAUUUACCCAAGCUCAGGUGUACGAAUUAGAGAGACGCUUUAAGCAGCAAAGAUACCUAUCCGCACCAGAAAGAGAACAUUUAGCCAGUCUCAUACAUUUGACACCAACUCAGGUAAUAAAUACUAUAAAUAUUUGUUAAACAUUUAAAUUUUUCGAGUAAAUUAAACUAUGCUUGUAAAAACCUGAACAACGAAAAUUAUUAUUUUUGAUCUCGUCUGGCAAAUAACCGAUUUUACUAACUUCUUAUCCCAAAUGUUCAGAAACACUUUAGCGCUUUUCAAAUGAGCAUAAUGCCAUAAAUGAGUUUCGCAUUAUGAUAUUUAUUAUAAAGUAGAGUAAUCGAACUCUAUUUAAACUGUAGUUGUAUGGAAGAAAAAUUUGUUUUAGUAGCCCUUACUUUCACACGAAACCAAUGCGGUUAUAUUUUAUAAUUGAGAAUUUCUGGUAUUAAACACAUUAAAAGGUGAAGUCACGCCACUCUGUCAAAGUACUUAAGAUACAUAUGCAAUACCCUUUUUACUAUUAUCAUCUUUUAAAAAUUAGAGUUAUAUAGCAAAAAGCAACAUAAAAUUUUGCACUAAACACCGUUAACGAGAUUGAUCAUUACGAACCAAUCUAUGGUUGUACCGAACUCGAUCAGCUGAUAGCAAAUUAUUACAAUGUGCUAUUAUUAUUUUUAUUUAGAACUUCAUUUUUAUCUAUCCAUUACUUUUAACAAGAUGUUUAGGUCUAUAGCAUAUUUAGAACUGCACUACCUGGUUCAACUUAAUAAAACCACAACUUCUUCGCUUUUUCCAAGACAUGAAAAUAAGAAAAGUGAAAUCAAUAUAUAAGCGAUUUCAUAUCACUGGAAAAUAAUAAAUUGUAUAAUCUAAAAUUACCAGUACUUUAGUAUUUCGAAGGUUCCUUGAAUAAUAUUCCAAGGAAGAAAUUAAGUGAUUUUUGUAUUGAUAAAAAGUGUCGUAUCGUUUCUUAAAAUUUGUUAUCAUUUUUUCCAUUUUUCAUAUUGUGUUUGUCAGCUCUUUACUCGUGGGCACGCUGUAGGAAUAUGUGUUACACACACAAAAAAAUCAGAUAUCUUUCAUGUAAUCAUUCGAUAUUUUUCACAUCCAAGUGUUCUGUGGUAAUUCGUAAGUGUAUGCUCCGAUGUUGUCAACACAUUGCACAUUUUCCUGGAUUAAUGGGAGUAAUUGGUAAAAAUAACACAAAACAAAUCACAUAAUUAAAAGACGUUUUCUAAACAAUAACAAAUCAAAUAAAUACUCAAUUAUUUAAUUUUCGCGGAAAAAAGUGCACAUCAGCUGUUUCUUUUACACGCUACUUAUACAUACAUAUAUUAUAUCAGCUGUUCUGUUUCUAACAAUUGUAAUCAGCUCUGCCACACUGGUCAAAUAAAAACAAAAUAUAAACUUCUAAUUCAAACUUCAUUAUCCACUAAACAACAGGUUGCUAAUACCCAGUAGAGAAAGAAGAAAAUAAAAAUGGCUGAACCUCUUCAUGAGGUGGCGUUGAGAAACAGUCUCAGCUCAUUUAGAGUAAAUAAAAUAAGAGUAUUAAAAAAAGAAACUCAUAUAA